GUUCUCAUCUGGUACACACUAAAUACACUAACUCUUAAUCAACAGCCUUCCAGCUGCUGGAGGCGCGGCGCGGCGCGGGCUGUUGUCCUGCCCGGCCCGCCACGCUCCGUGCCGCAGCGCCCCGUAGCCGCUGAGCCUCAAGUUUGUCCCUCCCUUCCGCCGCAGGUCUCGCCGCACUACAACACCCAGUACGCCGUCAAGGACGACUACAGCGGCAAUGACUUUGGUGCCCAGGAGGCGCGCGACGGCUACAGCACACAGGGCUCCUACUACGUGCUGCUGCCCGACGGCCGCCUGCAGCGCGUCACCUACCACGUGGACGGCGACUCAGGCUACGUGGCCGAUGUCACCUACGAGGGCGAGGCCCAGUACCCCCAGACUUACGGCCACGCUCCUGCUCCUUCCUACGGCCACGCCCCAGCUCCCUCCUACACCCCCAGGCCAGCUUACGGCUAGACUGAAGACUCCACGGCAACUCCUGAAUCCACCGCAGGCCUCAUUUGUUCCUGCCGCCGUUGAGCUCCGUUGAGCGGGAAGUAUCGUCGCCAUGGCCGCUGUCAGUCAGCCACCAUGCCUCUCGCGGCGUCAU